GCUAUACGCAAGUUCAUAAUUUCUGUCCCCACAAUCUUAUAUAUUUCUGUCAAGUUUUUCUGUCAACGGUAUUCAACCGGGUUCUAAAAAUUAAUGUGUAAAGAAAAUUCCACAUUUCUACUUAAUUUUAUGCGACAAAGAAAAUUAAAAAAAAACCUAUUCGAUUUUCAAAAAAGGGAAUUGAACAGCGUUUUUAAAUAUUCAUUCAGUACUCAACUCGACAUACUAAACGCUUUUUGUAUUACAAAAAGGAUCGACAUUUACCCCUUGAGGUCAACUGAAGGUUAGUCAAAUUCAAAGAAGCAUCACAGUGACCGUUACAAACGUAUUUUCGUGAAAAAAAAAUCACCCUCGUUCUACUAUUCGGACAUCAGUAGUCAAUUGCUAACAUUAAGUGAGAUUUUUUGUAUACAAUUCCGUACUCGAUCUCGCACCAGUGCGACCUGGCUUUGAUUCACAAUCAGUACAUUCCGUGCUGCCAGCGAGUGCAGUGUUGCCAACGCGACAGAAGCAUUUUUUACGUAAUCAAUCGAUUUCGUUAAACGUCACAAGCUGUCAAACCGUUCCACGGCCUAAUUUUUUUUUACUGAACGGGAUGAAUUUGUGGUGAAAAUAAUUGCCUCACACGAAAACGUUGCUGAAAAAUUGAACUCGAGCGCGUGUAAUUGCCGCGUUACGGAAGCAGAUAUACGCGGAUUGCAUUAGUGCUGCACGGGUUACGACCGACCGACGAUUCCGGCGACGAAAAACGUUCCACAGGCUGCUAGCUGGCAGUAGCAGCAGCAGCAGCAGGUGCCUGGUUGGUUCACAGUCAGAUAACCUAUAUUUGCUUCUAUUUUCUCCUUCCGUGACGACGACGACGACUGGCACUUUUACGGUGCGGUGUCUCUGUCCGGCUUCACUCCUGAUUAGUAUCAAUGGGAUUAACAAGGUUCCAGUUGGGCUAGUGUUUCAAUGAAACUUCCGUGUGACAAGCAAAGAAGUAUGCUCUGUCUGGUGUGACGUCUGGAUAUAAAAAAUGCAAAGUGGAGGAGGGCCGUUGCCACCUGGUACGGUCAUACGUAACAUGGCAUCGGGGACCCCCACGUCCCAGCAGCAGCAGCAACAACAGCAGCAACAACAGCAGCAACAGCAGCAGCAGCAGGCGGACAUGAAACUCACAUCGCAGCAAGCAGCGAUGAUGAAUCAGCAACAGCUCUACACGCCGCAACCCGUGUUUCGCGGUACAGGCGGAGGUCAAUCUGCGCGGCCACGGGGUGCGGUGCAGAUACCGUACCAUCAGAUGCAGAUGACCUUCAACUUAAUGCAGCCGGUGCCACGAAUACCGGGUCCCUGGGGAAAUAUGCCAGUACUAUAUCCGCAGUACAUGCUGUACCCGCAGGCGGCGGGUGGCCGUCGUCAACAGGGAGCAGAUAACAAUAUAGUAAAUAUUUCGCAAGUGCCGCUGCAUCAGCACGCUCACACGAAUCAGCAGCCAGCACCUAUGCAGGUGACACACGAAAUGAUGCAGCACAUGCAUCCACCGCAGGCUCCCCAACAAGUUGCCGCCAGUCAUGUUGCGCCUUUGGAGCAACAUCAGCAAGCAGGAACAGCGGCCCAAGUGGCGGUUGUCUCAACACAACCGCAUACUUCGUAUUCACAGAUGUCGAACCUUAUCGCCGCACCGCCGCCACAUAUGCAACAGGGUGCCGGUGCCGGCGUGGGUGUCGGUAUUGUAGGGGUCGGACCAGGUGGACCGAAUGAACCGGCCAAGCAACCGGCAAAGCGGGAAAAGCGUAAGCAUGCCCUUCGCAUCAUCGAUCCCAGCACCAACGAGGAUAUUUUAGAAAACAUGUUCAAUGAUACGAAUUCGAGUGGAGGAACCGCGGGGGGUGGCAAUUCUGCCACUGCUACUGCUGCCUCGGUCACAGUUUCUUCUGCCGGAACACCGGGACCAACGGCGCCGGUAGCACAGUCCGUCACUACGGCAUCGCACAUGGGAGACGCGCAGGAUUAUUCGGACUAUCCACCACAUCAAUCGGGGCAAGAAAUGGUGGUUCCUCCGCCGUUGGUGAGUCAAAUGCCGCCAACGCAGCACCACCAUCAACCGCCCCCUCAGAUGCUUUUAACCGGACAUGAUCUAAGCCGUGUUCCAAAUCACCAGCAGCAGGUCCCACCGCCGCCCCAACAGCAGCAACCUGUCGUCCCAGGAGGGCAACUGCCGCCAGGGCCUGGGCACCCACACGAUUUAUAUGUCAGCGGAGGACUAAAGAUGAUGAAUCAUUCGCACCCUCCGCCUCAUUUACCGCCGCAUCUAGCGAACGACAUGACGGUCACGGGAACGCCCGUUGUGUCCGCCAUGUCCGACGGUCCCUCGGUAGAGAUACCCAACUCGUACAUAAAAAAGAAGAAACCUAUCCCUGACGGAGCAAUGCAUCAUUCGCAGCAGCAGCAGCAACAUCCACACGCGAAGCAGCAACAACAACAGCUCCAUCAUUAUCAUUCACAUCAGCAGCAGCAGCAGCAUCAACAACAGGCGCAUCAACACCAGCAGCACCAGAUGCACCAUCACCAUCAGCAGCAGCAGCAGCAACAGCAUCAUCAUUCACAUCAAAGGCACCAACAACAUCAUCAGCAUCUGCAGCAUCAACAUCAACAUCAGCAGCAGCAGCAGCAGCAACAACAGCAGCAGCAACAGCAGCAGCAACAACAACAGCAGCAGCAACAACAGCAGCAGCAACAACAACAGCAGCAGCAGCAGCAGCAGCAUUCGUAUGCUUUACAGCAAUCCCAGCAAGCCGUGGCCGUCGCUCAAGCAGCAGCAGCAGCAGCACACGCUCAGGCUCAAGCUCAGGCAGCGGCUGUUGCAGCCUCUUCCGUUCCUCCCAACCACUCUGGUGCAGUGAUUGUGGAAAGUGACAUGAUGCCUACAGGUGCACUUCCACCACCGCAGCACAGUGCGGCAACGAUCGUUGUGCAGCAGCAUCCGCACCACCUUCACCAUCAGGUAGUCGGGGCCAACUACAUGACAGAGCCACCUCCGUCGAUUGCAGCUGUUGCACCGAACGAUCGACGAUUCCGUACGAUCUCGGAAAAAUCCGUCACAGAGUCAAACCUUUCUUCGGAUGCCGAACCAUUCGUUUACACUGGUAGCAGCAGCAGCAGCAGUAACACCACCACGGGUAGCUUACUGCAAGCUCCUCCACCAGCCGCUCCUUCUUCCUCGGUCGCUGUGGCUCCGGUGGAAAGUAGUAACAACAGUGGCAGUAUUGGUAGCGUGGACACUGAUAGUACCUCAGAAGUGAUGGAAAGAACAGAUGCGGACAGUUUACCAGCUAUUGAGGAGCCGACGAGUAAGUUGGAGGAGUGUGCUAUGGAUAUGGCGGAGCAUGAUGACGCGCAGAAUGCGAACGUGCCUCAACAGCGGUCGAGUGAAAACAUCGACAUCAUAGCCGACCAGCAUAUCGAUGAUACCGCUGAUAAGCUCGUUGAAACUAUAGCGAAAAUGAAUAUUGUCGAAGAUGAAAAGGUGAUGGCGCCGUUGCCGAAGCAGGAAGAAAGGGAAGCUGACCAACAGGUGGCGGCAGAGGGUGGCCAAAUGGAUGAGGUGGAACAUAUCCAUGUUGUUGGUGCUGACGCUGCAGUUGCCUCAGACGAGACGGAUCGGGCAGCUGUGACUAUAGCCGAUGCGGUUGCUACUACUGCCAACAUUAUGAGUCCGGAACCGGCGGCUGAACCGCCCUCCACUGCUGCUAUACAGCAAGUAAACUUUUUAAAUAAGGAACGUAGCGUUAAGCAUCUAGAUAAUGAUUAUAUUAAUAAUAACAAUGUGGAAUACACCAGACACUUAAGCUCGGUAGACGUCGACGGUAAGGGAGCCGCACCGUCGGUUGAUAAUGUAAAAGCGACCGGUAUGAUGCCGAAGGCAACAAUUGAGGAUCGCGAACAGCACCAAGGCGGCGAGACUGAUAAAAUCGCCCCAAAUGACCGUAGCAAGAACGCUCAAAGCAGCACUAAAAGUAACGAUGUUGUCACGUCCAACAAUGCGGUAGCGCCCACGAUCAAUGCUGCCAACAGUAGUUUGGACGAUAACCGUAACGUAGUUACAGAGAUACCCUCGGCUGCAUCUGAUGCUGGAGCGAAACAGGUCUCAUCGAUAACCGCGGUGGAUGAGCGUAAGCAGGAAGAAUCGUUAACGUCCAGAACGACGACGAUCACUACAACGACAACGGCGACGGCACCAGCAGCAGCUGGCGGGCAGACGAAAGCGAAACAAGUUGGGCCGAAUGCCAGCAGUAUGGCACCACCGCCGCCAGCAGUGAAAAAGAGCAAAUCAAUCACGCUAAUCGUUUACGAUCCGGACCAGUGGAGUCCCGAGAAUCCGACCGGCAAGAAAAAGUAUUCGCGCGAACAGUUGAUGAUGUUGAAAAACAUCCCUCCGGCCAUCGAGAAGCCGCUUAACUUGCCGAACAACCUGGAAAAUCUGCUCGUGCGAACAAACUAUGCAGGAGGUGGCGGUGGCAAUGCGUAUGGUAGCAAUGUAAAGGGCAACGAUUUUUUGCUGCUGCCGAACUUUAUGAAAGGUGGCACGAUGCACCACAACCCGGUGAGGCAAUCGUAUGUGCCCAAGCGUUCAUCGCAGCAGGGAAAUGCGGGUGGUGGCAACCAAUCCGGCGGCGGUGCCCAGCCUAACAAGCAAUCGCAGCAGGGUAUGAGCAAGACCGGGUCGAAGAUCAUAAAGCUAAACCUGCAGCUGAACGAGGAAGUGAAGCUGAACUCAAGCGCUAACGCCUGGAAGCCGACUCAGCUCAUGAAUAGCGUUAACUCAAAACAAGACGAAACGGAACAGCUUAUGCGAACGAUGCGUAGCAUCCUUAACAAAUUGACGCCGGAGAAUUUUACCAAGCUGGUGGAACAGGUUAAGAAACUUACUAUCAAUACAAUGGAACAGUUCGAUGGUUGCAUUAAGCUGGUGGUCGAGAAAGCAAUCUCGGAGCCGAACUUUUCCGAAGCAUACGCUAAAAUGUGCCGCGAAAUCGGCUCGAUAGGCGUCUCGGAUCAGAAAGCAGACUUUCGCACGAACAUUUUGAAACGAUGUGAGAAUGAGUUCAUGGAGCGGCGCAAAGAUCAAGCGAAUGCGGUCCGUGAACGUCGGGCGAAGUUAGAGAAAAGUAAACAUUUGAAAAAGGAGGAGUUCGAGGAACUAAAUGAACAGCUUGAGGAGGAGGAGCUGAAGGUGCGGCGGAGAGCGGUCGGUAUGGUGCGGUUCAUUGGCGAGCUGUACAAGGAGGGUCUGUUGCCGCCGAAGAUCAUGCUAAAGUGUUUCGAUACGCUGCUGCCCCAAAAUCCCGAGAGCUGCUACGAAGCGUCGCUGGAAUGUCUGUGCAAGCUGUUGACGACGGUCGGUGCCAAGCUGGAUCUAACGCGCGAUCUAACGCUGACACCAUACUUCAACCAGCUGGAAAAAAUUGUGAAACAAUUCGAACUGUACAAGAUUAGCAGCCGGAUUCGGUUUAUGAUUCAGGAUGUGAUCGAUUUACGCAAGAACCGCUGGGUGCCACGUCGCCAGGAGCUCAACCCAAAAACGAUCUCGCAGAUUGCCCGCGAGGCAGAAUCGGAGCAGAACCGUAUCAACAUGCUGAAUUUCAUGCCGACCAAAGAUAGCGGCGGCAGUAACUCGGGCCGUUCCGGUGGUUCUCGAAGUGGUGGUACGGGUGGCUCAUUAUACGGCAAAUCAUCCAGUGGCAGUGGUGCCUCAGGCUACAAUCAGGGCAGCGUUGGUCGUGGUAGUAGUGGUGGUGGUAGCGGUUCCACCAAAGGUGGCCGGUUACAGAAAGACGACGAUGGAUUCCUAGCCGUUACCAACAGCCGUAGCAGUAAUCGUCCGUUCUCGAUAGAUCCAAAGAUGCUGCCAAAUACGAUGAACUUUGAUACAACGCAGCUGGGCCGAGCUGCGAACUACUCGACGGAUAAGUGGACACGGACAACGGACAGCAGCAACAUUUACAACGCGCUGCAGGAAGACACGCCGUCGUCAUUCGGUGCACUAGCGGAUCGCGACAGUAAUGAGCGCGAGCGUGAUCGGGAACGCGAGCGCGAACGGGAACGGGAACGGGAGCGGAACCGUGGUUCUAACAAGGAACCAUACCACGGAAAAUCAUCAGAACAGGAUCGUUAUGCACGGUUUGGUAGUAGUAGCAGCCAAAACGAGGAUCGCUAUUCCCGAUCCUCCCAGGAACCUUCCUCGUCUUCCGGUGGUGGCGGUGGCAUGGAUCGUGAAUGGGAUAGAAACAUGGGCAAGGGAGCUCCAUCGAUGCAAAGCAGAGGUUCCAAUAACCAGUCGCAGCAACAGCAGCAGCCACCGCGGAUGAAUCGAAUGGGACCAUCUUCCUCCAUGUCGGGGCAAUUUUAUCAGCAACUUCAAAUGCCUCCAGCACCUUCGUCGGCGUCGUCAUCGACGGGACCUGCGCCAGCAACGCCAACAAACAGUGACGAAGGGUUGCGGAGUGCCGAAAGUUACGAUCCGUUCGACGAAAGGUUGAAAAAGCAGAUAUACAAGUUGACGGAGAUUGAAGUGAGCAAUACCUCUCUCGAUACCGUCGCGAAGCUGCUCGUGCAUAAAAAUUUUGGAAAAAGCGUGAAGGAGCGCAAAGAAUCAUCGGAAAUCGUGACGAUGAUGAUGAGCAAUAAGAUGAUCAAUCGAACGGACUUCCAAUGUGUAUUGAAGGAAUUGCUGUAUGAUCCACUUGACCUAAUGAUCGAUUUACCCAAGCUGUGGGAAUAUCUAGCUGAUUACUUCGUACCUCCACUACACGAACGGCUGCUUACGCUGCAGGACGUGCGGCAGCUCGCAUUGAUCUCCUUGGCAAACUAUGUCGAUUUGCGCUGGCGUUUUCUGAUAACAACUCUGCAGAGCUAUCAAGCCAUCCAUGGCAAAGACGCUACCGCGAAGCUGUGGUUUGAGGGACCGCUGGAUCUUAGGGAAUUCAGCAAUUCUACCGAGGAGGAGGCAAUCAAACAGAAGUUGGCCGAUGCCAAGCUGGGCUAUUUGCUCGAAUGUGAGAAGAAGGACAUGCGCACGUUAGCGAAGAACAUUCGACAGUUCCUGGAAGCGAAUGCAGCAAACGAGGAGAUAUUCAAAUUCAUUGACGCGUAUGUCACCGAACAGCAGAUGGAUUCGUCCGAAUUCAUCCGCACGCUGACGACGGCCGUGUUCGAGCACUGCAUUACCAACAAGAAGCUCGAUUUGAAGAAGAUGGAACAGUGGCAUCAGCUGCUGCAACGAUAUCUUUGCGGGAAGGCUAAGCGCGAGCUCGAGGCGCUGUACGCUAUCCAACGGCUGGUGGUGAAACUGCAGCAUCCGCCAAAUUUGCUGCAGAUGAUCUUCCUGCAGCUCCACGAACUGGGCGUCAUCAUGGACGGGUUCAAGUGUUGGGUAGAGGACAACAAUGACCACGAACCUGAAGGCCGAGGCGUCUGCAUCAAAUCAACUACACAGUUCUUCGUGCAGUUGAUGGAACCGGAUAGUGAAGAAGGAGAAAAGGGUGGGGAUAGCGACGAGGGUGAACGAGAAAGCGAUAGAAAAGAAAAUUAAUUAAGCUUGGUUGAGGGAAUAAUAGGUAGCAGUGUGAAUGAGUGGUUGAAGGGCUAUGGAAAGGAUAUUUCUGGUCACUUCAUCGCUUUCAUUUUGGUUCUGUGUCCCUCUUGUUGCGCGGUCCGCGGUCUGUGCUGAUGGUACUACGAUUCAUCUUUUUAUACAAUACACAAAAACCCACACACUACCCCCAGAAUGCUACUACUAUCGAGUAAAUAUUCGUACCUCCUCCUCUUGUUCUUGGAAAGGUAGGCGAGGGGAGUGAUACAAAAAAAACGGGCACGAAGGCGGCGAAAAAAGGGAAAAUGUUUUUGCGCAUAGUAAAACACAGAAAAACCAAGCAGAAACUAAGGCAAAAAGUGUUUAGUGUACAAGUAGUAGAUCCCACGAGGUGUGCUCUUUUUUGCUGCGUGCGCGUGUGUGUGCGGGUGUGCGUAUAUAGAUGAGCGCGUGUGUGUGUGUGUGUCGUGUGGUGUGGUGCCUAUGCCGGUGUUGAGAGAGAUGGCUAGGAAAUGUGAUGAGAUGGAUUUAACAAACUAAAGCUGCUGCAAAAACAAACAAUUGAUCCUCUCCACUUUUUCGCCACUUUUCCAACACCAUGGUCGCGUUUGAUAAUGACGAUCGACAAAUGAUAAUGAUGCUGCUGGUGCAAAAUAUAUUGUUUAUUGCUGCAAACAAUAUUAACUACAAAGUAGUCUGCUGCGAGACGACCCCAACCCUCCGCCCCGGGAGCUCAUACACGCAUAUGCUAGGAUGUGCGAAUCCUCUUUAGCACCACCUAGUUACGAUUUUCCAUACUUUGUAUGGACAUACGCGCGCGCACGCACGCACACAUACACGCGGAGCAGAUCGUCAGCAACAAAGGCAAGAACACACCCUCUCAAAUUGCAUAAAAACACAAGUAAUGAUUUAAAUGAUAUACUAUAAUUAAUAAAUAUGGAUACCGUUAAGAUCAACAUUUA